CUUCCUCGCGGGUGGUGAAAUCUAAAAGCGGAUGUUUUCCACUCGGUGCAUUUCCGGGUAGCUCAGCUAGCUAGCUGUCCAGACAAACCGAGCAACUUUUGACAAUGAUAGCACUAGCAUAGCUGGCUGAAUUGAGUGAAAAUGAAGAGCAUACUGUUCAUUGCCUUUCUGGCUCCUUGUUGGGUCAACUGUGCUAUUAAGUCGAGAGUUAUUACGGAGGAGAAUCACGAAGAAAACCCGGAGUACGAUGCUCUGAGCUCCAUCCUGUCAGAUUUUGAGGUGCUGCCAUUGUCAGGCCUCCAGCUGCACUCCGUAAGAAAGAGGGACGUCCACACCCAGUCUCACCUGGAGCGCCUGGUGAGCUUCAGAGCCCUGCACAGAAAUUUCAAGCUUUACCUGACCACGAACACACACCUUUUCACUGAGGACUUUAAAGCUGUGUUUGUUGAUGAACAUGGGAGGGAGGAAAAGUACGAUGUUCAUCUUCAGAACUAUUUCACUGGACAUGUUGUUGGGGAGGAGAAUUCCCGUGUGCAGGCACACAUAGAAGGAGAUGAGUUUUCUGCUCACAUUCUGACUGAUGAAGUCGAGUACAACGUAGAGCCCCUUUGGAGGUUUACAGAUUCCCCGGCUGAUGGCAGGUUGCUGGUUUAUCGCUCGGACGACAUCAAGAAUCUGAGCCGCAUCGCCUCUCCAAAAGUGUGUGGCUACGUCCACGCGGAGGCUAACGAUCUGCUGCCACAGACUGCCAGGAGGAGUUGGGAUGGACAGGAGGAGGUGGACCAGGAAAAGGGCUUCCUCCACAGAGAGAAGAGACAGGCUCACGAUCACAAGAAGAACACCUGCCCCCUGCUGCUGGUCGCAGAUUACCGCUUCUUUGAACACAUGGGCCGCGGACAAGAGAGCGUCACUCUCAACUACCUGAUUGAGCUGAUUGAUCGAGUUGAUGACAUUUAUAGGAACACAACCUGGGAUGAUGAAUUUAUAGGCUAUGGGGUUCAGAUCCAUCAGAUCAUCAUCAACAAGGAGCCUACAAAGCCCCCCCCCGGGCACAACGCCCGCUGGCUCAACUAUAACAUGAAGGACAGUCCCGUGAAAGGAAAGGUGGUCUGGGACGUGAAGAGACUUCUGGAGCAAUUCAGCUCGGACAUCGCUGACAACGCCUCCACUGUGUGUCUGGCCCACCUGUUCACCUACCAGGAUUUCGAUGAGGGAACCCUGGGGCUGGCCUACGUGGCCCCCUCCAAACCUCAGGCCCUGGGCGGCCUCUGCCCGAAACCAUACUACCCGUCUAACUCUGCAAAGCCCAGUUACCUCAACACAGGCCUGACCAGCACCAAGAACUACGGCAAAACCAUCCUAACAAAGGAAGCAGAUCUAGUGACGACUCACGAACUCGGCCAUAACUUUGGAGCAGAACACGAUCCUGACAACAUCCCAUACUGCGCUCCCAGCGACGACCACGGCGGGAAGUUCGUCAUGUACCCGAUCGCUGUGAGCGGAGACCAUGUCAACAACAAGCGCUUCUCCAACUGCAGCAAGAUCUCCGUAGGGAAGACGUUACGUUUCAAGGCCCCCGUGUGCUUCAAGGAGAGGAACAGCAAGGUGUGUGGGAACUCCAGAGUGGAGGAAGGGGAGGAGUGCGACCCCGGGCUGCUCCACCUCAACGACGACCCCUGCUGCACAGCUGACUGCAAAUUCAAACCUGGGGCAAAGUGCAGUGACAGAAACAGCCCUUGCUGUAGGAGCUGCAAGUUUGAGCAUGCAGGAAUAAGAUGCCAGGAACCCAUUAGUGCGACCUGUAAAGGCAUCUCCUCCUGCACUGGCAACAGCAGUCAAUGCCCCCCUCCUGAAAACGCUGAAGACAACAUGGUGUGUGUUGACAACGGUCGCUGUCUCAAUGGAGAGUGCAACCCUUUCUGUGAGGCCAUGCAGAACCUUCAGUCCUGCGCCUGCAACGAGACGGAGGACUCCUGUAAAGUGUGCUGCAGAAGGAGCGAUGGCGCCUGCGCCCCCUUCAUCCAGUCCAAUACUAGUCUCCUUUUCCUGCGCAAAGGCAAACCCUGCACCGUGGGCUUCUGUGACGGGGGCGGAAAGUGCAUGAAGCAGGUGCAGGACGUGAUCGAGAGGUUGUGGGAUUUUAUCGACAAGCUGGACAUCAACACAUUUGGAAAGUUCCUGGCUGAUAACAUCGUGGGUUCCGUCGUGGUGUUUUCACUUGUCUUCUGGAUUCCUCUCAGUAUCCUCGUUCACUGUGUGGACAAACGUCUUGACCAGCAGUAUGAGGAUAACACCAAGUCCCUUUACUACCCUCCAAGCCAGAUGGUGGAAGUUUGUAGUAGGGCUCCCGCCAUAGAGUCAAGAAAUGCUGAACAAUCUCGAGUCGGCGUCCGUGCGCAUCGUCAAACCUCCCUUCUUCUCCGCCGGCCGGACCGUGCCCUCCUCCCUGCCCCCCCCGCCUCCGCAGCAGAGCCCGGCCGGGGCCUCUCCCGGGGUCAGCACGAGUACCCAGGCCCCCGACCUGAACUCCGGCUCCAUCCCGGACAGCGCCGGGGGGCCGCGGAUGGCCACCAUCCAGGAGGACACCAGCAGCGGCUCUCACCUGGGAGAGGAGGGCCUGUCGGACGAUUUCACAACCGCAGGAGCCUCCUCGUCGGCUACGAAAUCCUCCUACGAGGAUCUGACCGAUCAGAACCCGCAAAGCCGGGACCGGAGGCGCCUCAAGAGGCAGGACUGCAUUGACACAAAAGAGACAGAGUGCUGAGAGCACUUUUAGUUUAAAAGCAUCCACAUGUACAUGGUGUGUGUUUUAGGGUUGGCCAGAUGAAACCUGCUCUGUGGAAAUACAUCCGCCACAGUUCGGCUUCCCAAACACAUUCAAUUAUCUUUUUGUUGAAUAUGCAAUUAAAAAAAGGUGAGCUAUUUUCGUGGAUCAGUUAGCUUAAAAAAACAUCACGUUAACAGCCCCGUAUGUGCAUUUAGUACUGUCUUCAAAGCAAUGCAACCUUUGCCCCACUGGCAGAUUAACAGGUGAAUGAUGUGAAAUAAUAUCGAUGAUGUAGCUGUGGUUAUUUUACCGUAAAUUAAACAUUUCAGUGUGCUCAGCGGCACAACUUGACUUUAAAAUGCUUUUUUUUUUAACUGAAUCAAAACUGCACUUGAAGUAUUUUUCACAUCACUGGAAAAUGAAAUAUGUUCUUACUGUGUUUCCUUGAUGGUCUCUUUAAAAGAUAUUUUAUUAUAGUUUAACCCUUUGAACCUAUUAGUUUGUAUUUGUCCAGCUGUUGACAGUCAUGUUGUCUUCAUGGAACAACAUGGUGCCUUUUCUGAAUUUGUGCCUCAUCAUUCUGAGCCAACGUAUGUCUUUGCAAAGAGCUCCAGUAUACGAGGCAUGAAUAUAGACAGUCAUGAAUUCAGUGAUUUAAGAAACUUCCUGAGGUGAUCAAUUGAUGUGUUUUUUUUAUUGUGUCAACACGAGUAAUGCAUCUGUUAUUUUAUGCUGUCUCCCCACUGUUGCCUGCUGUGUGACAUGUUGUAAAAUACAUGAAAUCUAGAUCAAGGGAAAAACUAAAGUGUGGCUAACAUGUACUCUCCUGGAUUAAUUUGAGCUGUUAGACAACGAGCAGAUGUCGUGUGUCAUAUAUUCUGAUGUGUAUAUUCUUAAUGUUUCUAUACUAUAAAAAGUAAACCCUUGAGGUCCUUUUUUUUUAAGUUCGUGCUUGUAUUGUCUACGCAUCUCAAAAUAAAAAUAUCUUUAUUGUGCAUUUCAAA